GUGGGCCUAUGUUUAUUACCUGCUUAAAUGUCGUUUUGAUUCAAUUCAAGGAGACAUUCAGUCUUCUUGAGUUUACAUCUGCCAUCAGUUUUAGUGAAUCUGAUUAACUGGAAAUAAGGCUCAGCUUUCCUAGUAUAAUUUAACAGACAUUCACUUGUUUGCAUCUUUUAAUUUGCAGAGACUUUACAAAAGAUCAAAAUAAUUUAAUUGCAGAAAGGUUUCAGUCAGUAGAAGAGUACAAAACAUUUCAGAGCAUUGUCCACAGACAUGUGUUACAGUCUGAAGGAACCAAACUGGAAAAAUAAAACCAACAAAAAAAUAUAUAUAUACUCACAGGAAAACAUGGUAGAGGCAGCAUCAACCUCUAAUGUUACUUUUUGUCAGCUGUGGAAGAAAUGGUGAGGAGUUCGAAAAACCUGUCAGUUUGACCCGAAAACCUUAAGGUUUCUGCUAGAAAGCAAAAGAUGAAGAGGGAUUUCUUUUAACAUCAUAACACCGAGUCCACAAAGAGAUAUGGACAAGAGACGUCCUCAUAAUCUGAUAGAUCUGGAGAACAUUUCUGAAGUAGAGUGGACUAAUUUUACUAAGAAGUGAGAUGCAAAAGGAAUCUUAUCAAAGAAGAUUGAACGCGGAAAUUAAAUAAAAUGGUGUUUUGACAAAGUUUUAGAUUAGGGAUAGAAUGUGUAAACACCUAUUGCACCUUUAAAAAAAAACAAAAACACCUGACCUGUUUUCUUUUGCUAAAAUCUUAUAAUUUUACUUUUUCGUUAUUUACUAUAAAAACAAUAAAUACACUGACAAUACACACAGACAAAACCGCACGUAAAAUAUUAGUAUAAAAUAGUUCAUUAAAAGAUAUAUUUAGCCUUAACUACAUUUCCCAGAUAUCUCUGUCUUGUGCUGACGUAAAGUUUCUUCGACUGCUCUUUGUUUCCAUGGAGCCGUGGGAAGCUCUUAGGUCUAGCUAGCAGAUUAGCGCCCGGCUUGUUUGGUUAGCAACGAGUUAUUGUUGUAAACGAGCAGUUUUCAUGAUGUCAGGGGACCGAUCUGAAUCUCUGUUUUCGUUUGAGCUGCUGGUGGGUCACAUCCGACUCGAGAAAGAUUGCAAAGUUUCCGACAGACUUGCUCUCGGAGUGCGGUUACUGGAUUUUCCAACGCUGCUAAUUUAUCAGCACCCAUCCGAAAAUGUUGGCUCUAACCAUCCUGCGCAGAAACAACGGGAUAAACAACGUCAGUUCGUCUUUAACAGUGGCAAGUCUUGUUUGUUCAAAAUGGAUCUUGACUCUCUGCACGUCCAUCUGUCUACCACCCCUCUGUAUGCCAUGGUGCUGGAUGUAUCUGAGGAGAGGAGUCCCAGAUUAGUUGGCUCCUCUCUGAUAUCACUGGCUAAAGCGAUGGACACAAUCAAGCUGCUUUCCAGCCCCUCUGCUCAUACAGGAAAGGGAGUCGUUGCUAUUUCCAAUCUCUCCAGCGAGAAGAUCGGAACAAUAUCCCUGAGUUAUAAACUUGGGUGUCUGGGAGCAAGUUUACUGCCACACAUCACAGAGGGGAGGGGAUAUGAAUGCACAAGUACCCCGGGAGGUCAGGACCAAGAACAUUCCAAGGAGAACAACAAAUCUGGGAGCAUGUGUUCUCCCACAGGGAACAAGUCAGAUUUCAGCAUCCAAAGUAAUGAUCCAGAAGAUUCAAAGACAGUGUUAGAUGAGGAAGAUGACGGUGCUGAAAGUCAAACUAAAAACACUUUAGAGGAGGAUUUAACUGUAUUCUGCCCCACUCAUCUUUACUAUAGUAACACUACACAGGUAAAAAGUGACAAUAAAGAGCAGGAUGACAGAUUACUGAGUCUAGACACUAAAGCUUUUACAUUUGAAAGUUCUUUCUGUGAGGAUGAGGACGAUAAAAAGAAAGCUGACGUUUCAGUUUCUAAAGGGGUACCACGGGAAAUGACGCACGCUACAAAAACAUCAAGCAUCCAAGAAACAAGCGAGGUGACCACAAAUAUCCUCAGGGAAGCCCUACAGCAGCUCCCACUUUUAAAUGCUCUUGUUACUGAACUGUCACAGUUGACAGUUCAUCCCAGUCCGGCUGGAAUUACCAGGCGGGCUUCCAACAAUCACGGAAAUUCACCACAAAUCCAGUCCCUGUACGAAGAUACACAGCUCCCUGACAUGCAUUUAAACCAUUUACCUCCCCCCAAAAACUGCUCCACACCCAUAGUUAAAUCUGUAAAUGUGAAAGACAAUAACAAAGAGACCUUAAGAUCCGGAAAAUCUCAAAGGAAGAAGCUUAUAUGUGGAACCACUAAAACAUUUAAUUUAAGACUAAAACAAAUUUCUUCUCUCAAAGUGAACAGUCACAAAUGCAAGGAGUUAAUAAGGACUGGAACACAGUCAGGGACAGCUAAAGAGCAGGAAAAGUCGAGCCCUAAAAAUAUAAAGUCCAAAAAAAAAGGAUUUAUGUUAAACCGGAGCUCUAAUUUAUAUGAAAACGUCAAUACGGUGAUACAAAGUGUCACAGUUGAGCCUGCACUAGCAGAAACCGUCACCCUGAGACCAAAAACUCAGCAGGGUUCCCGAGACAGUCGUGUGCAAGAAGUUUCAAAAGAUUUUCAUCCACAGAAAGAGCUGAAACGUAUUCCCAUUCCCAGUGUGCAUAGAGACAGCGCUCCUCCAAGCAAUAACAAGUACAAGCGUCACAGUGAGUCUGAUCAAUCAGAUUCUCAAUCUGACAGGGACAAAUUCAGAGUUUCAGUCCCUGAUCUCACUGAGAGGCAAAGCAGCAGAACCAACAGUUCAGAGUCUUUGUUUUCAGAGUGCAGUAAUACUGAAAAUCAUGCAAGCUAUGCAGAUGACUUUAACAGUCUUGAAUCUAGUAAUGCUUACUCUCCUAAACCUGAUAGAAGCCCUGAGCCCUCAAGAGCCAAGAAUCCAAAAUCUCCCGUCAGCCCUGAUUCCUGCAUCUCUGAUUCAAGGUCUGAAGGUUUCCAGAAGACACGAGUUUACCACCCUGUUCCUGUCAAAGUCCUCAAAUCCCCCAACCGAGCUCUGAUGGGUACACACAUCAUCCAACCUCACACCCGCUCUUCAGUUGUCAGCUUUUCUUCAGAAGCUGAUAAUUGUGACGUGGACAAGCCAUCUUCCUCACAAACGCUCUGCUCUAGAAAACAAGAAAGUGCAAGUGAGAAAAUGGAGCAAAGUUUUGGGGCUGAGUGUAUUUUAUUAUCAACAUUUAAAAAGAAAAAUUCACCUGAGAACCGGAACCGUACUAGAGGAUUUUCUGCAGAAUCCACAUCCUCUUUUGAAGCUCAGGAAAUAGAGGAUGAACUUGGAUCACUGGAUUUCAGAAAAGAGUACCAACAUAUCUCUGAACUUGUAGCCAGCAAACUCCCCGGGUACACAAUGUAGAGAAAAAAGCAUGUAACUACCUACAUGUUAACCUAAAGUAUACUAUUUCCCCUAAAUAAGGAAAAAAUUUUGUGUUAUGCUUCAUACAAUCAAUACUUUUGAAUAAAAAUAAGCUUUUGUGACCA